ACGUGGACUGUAAUCUGUUUCCCCCAAAUCUGAAGACUUUCUUUCCUCUUUUUCUCUUUUGCUUCGGACAAAUCCCAAAUCACGGAGAUUUCAAUUUCCGACCCAAUACAAAAAAAAAUCCCUCUUCGAGAAAUCUCAAUCAGAUAUCCAAAUGGUCGAUCCGGCAGAUUCUCCGAGAACAUCGAAUUCAUCUUCGUUAUCUCCUCCAAGAUCGUACCUCAUCUUUAUGCGAAUCAUGAGCAAGAGACGGACAUGGGUCUGCCUCUUUGUCGCUGUCUACGCCAUUCUCUUGUCUUCCUCAUGGAACUUUCUGAGAUCUGUUCUUAGCUGGUACAAGCUCCAGUACACGUCAUCGCAGUCACCGUCUCGAAUCCCGGCGGUUUACGCGUCUGUGGUGUUAGGAGCUGUUUUCGGAGCGAUGUCGAUGGUUGCGGCGGCGGCGGUUGCUGUCCCGGCGGUUAUGGUAAUCUGGAUUGCGGUGGUUGUGUUGCUUGCGUUUUUUGGGAAAUCGAGGAGAGAUUUGGUAGUUGAAGCUCGUAAGAUCACAAGAGAAGUGUUUGGAUUUGUGUUCAAGGUUCUUUUGAAAGAAGGCAAUGCUGUUGCUGCGAUUUGUGCUGUUUUGGGUUAUUUUGUUCUUAUUAGAAAGGACUUUGAUUCGAUUUAGGGUUUUUUUUGGUUUUGGGAAUUUUUUUUUUCGGAUUAGGGGUGUUUUUUUUAUUCCUGGAAAUCUGACGAUUAUAUGAAGAAACUUUGGUCUUUUGCUUCUUGUGUUAACCUCUUGCUAAUGUAGCCAUGUAUAUGUACAUUUUUAAAUGAUCAGAUAACGGAGAUGUUCAUGAAUCA